CCAGCCCUUCCACCCACCCAGCUCAAUGGCCGCUCCAUCUAUGUCUGUCCGUAUCUCUAUCAUCACACUCAUAGUUCUCUCAGCCGUCUCGGCUUCUUCUUCCAGUCCGACGAACGCCCAUGGCAGUGAAACCGAUCUCGCUGCACUGCUGGCUUUUAAAGCACAGCUCGCCGAUCCUCUUCGUGUGCUUGCCGGCAACUGGACAACUAGCAUGUCUUUUUGCCACUGGGUCGGCGUUUCAUGCAGCCGACGCAGACAACGUGUCACCGCUCUAUCGUUGUCUGACAUGCCUCUCGAGGGGCCUUUGGCAUCUCACGUGGGUAACCUCUCUUUUCUCUCUGUCCUGAACCUCCUCAAUACAAGUCUUACUGGCUCCAUUCCUGCCGAACUUGGUAGGCUACGUCGUCUUAUAUAUCUCGGUCUUAGAGAAAAUAGCUUGUCAAAUGUCAUACCUCCUACCCUAGGAAACCUGACAAGGCUCGAGGUGCUUACUCUAGGUUCCAACCAACUCUCAGGCGAGAUCCCUCCUGAGAUGUUGCUACACAUGCACAACCUUAGAAGAAUUUAUCUCUACGGAAAUGGCUUAAGUGGCCAAAUACCACCGUCUUUGUUUAACAACACGCCUCUCCUGACAAAUAUGGAUUUUGGAAAUAAUAGCUUGACAGGUCCUAUACCAAACGGAAUUGCACAACUAUCCAUGAUUGAAUACUUUAAUGUACAAAAGAAUCAACUCUCCGGCCCAGUGCCACAAGCAAUGUACAACAUGUCUAGGCUCCAAACCAUGAUAGUCACACAAAAUUAUAACCUAACUGGAAUGUUUCCAGACAAUCAGACUUUCAACCUACCAAUGUUGAGAAUUAUUGCACUGGGCGAUAACAACUUUUUCGGUCAGUUUCCAUCUGGUCUUGCAUCAUGCCAGCACCUACAAGUGAUUGAUUUGGGUGGAAAUUCUUUUGUAGAUGUUGUGCCAACAUGGUUGGCCAAAUUGUCACACCUUGAAAAACUUUUCUUGGGUCUAAAUAACCUUAUUGGCUCGAUCCCAGGUGCUCUUAGUAAUCUCACUAGUAUUACAGACCUAGACCUGGUCAAAGGCAACCUCAAAGGGGAGAUUCCAGAAUUAAGUCAUAUGCAGGGACUCUCAUAUUUAAAUCUUGGAGCUAAUCAAUUGACAGGUCCAGUUCCAGCUUCCCUUGGCAACUUAUCCAAACUGUCUUACCUAGCCUUGGAAGCUAAUCAAUUGUCUGGCCAAGUACCAAGAACACUUGGGAAAAAUGAAGCUCUGUACAAGCUUGAUUUGUCAUAUAACAAUUUAGAGGGGAAUCUAGACUUCUUGUCAGCUCUUUCCCCGUGCAGACAACUCCAAAUCCUUUAUAUAGACGAUAAUUCAUUCACAGGUGUCCUCCCCAUCUACAUGGGAAACCUCACGUCACAGCUGACUGAAUUUACAUCAGAUGACAACAUGUUAAUAGGUGGACUUCCAGUAGCAAUUUCAAACUUAACUAGCCUUGAAGCAUUAUCUCUUUCUAACAACUCAUUCACCAAGCCAGUUCCAGAAUCCAUCACUUUGUUGGAAAAUCUUAUAUACCUAGAUCUCUCCUUCAAUGACAUGUUAGGCCCUAUCCCAACAGAAAUGGGCAGGCUUGGCAGUCUACAACGGUUAUUUCUGAAUGCAAACAAAUUCUCAGAAAGUGUACCGAGCAGCUUUGGUAAUCUCAGUUUGCUAGAAGACAUCAAAUUGUCCAAUAACCAAUUAAGUUCACCUAUACCCGCAAGUUUUUUCCAUCAGAACAAACUUAUUCAUCUAGAUAUUUCACACAAUUCCUUUGUCGGUCCACUUCCAGCCGAUGUUUCUGGCCUAAAGCAAGCAUACCAAAUCGACAUGUCUUCCAACUUACUGACAGGAGACAUCCCCGAAACAUUUGGACAACUUAAUAUGCUAACAUACCUAAAUCUGUCGCAUAACUCGUUCAGUGACAAAAUUCCUAGCCCACUCAAGAAACUAAGAAACAUAGCUACAUUAGAUUUCUCAUUUAACAACCUAUCUGGCACCAUUCCCAUGUUCCUUGCCAAUUUUACGUACUUGACUAUCUUGAACCUUUCAUUCAAUCACCUAGAAGGACAAAUACCCAUGGGAGGUGUUUUCUCAAACCUCACCCCACAAUCUUUGAUUGGGAAUGUUGGGCUAUGUGGGGCCCCACACCUAAGAAUUCCACCAUGCCUUGACGGAUCUCGCUCAAGUAAUAAACACUUGCUACAAUUUCUACUCCCAAUACCCGUGUUAGCUUUUGUCGUCAUUGCCAUUUUUGUAUACCUAUGGACUGUAAAGAAACUGAAGAAGGGAGAUCACGAAGCCUCUGUUGAUCCAACAGAUGUCGUCGGCCAUCAUAUUGUCUCCUACCAUGAGCUAAGUCGUGCCACCAAUAAUUUUAGUGAAGAUAACAUCUUGGGAACUGGAAGCUUUGGAAAAGUAUUCAAGGGCCAACUGACAAAUGGUAUGGACGUGGCGAUAAAAGUUCUUGACAUGCAGCUACUUCAUGCUGUCCAAAGUUUUGAUGUUGAGUGUCGAGCGCUUCGCAUGGUGCGACACCGCAAUGUGAUAAAGAUACUCAACACAUGUUCGAACCAUGACUUCAGAGCACUAUUGCUUCAGUACAUGCCAAAUGGCAGCUUAGAGAUGCUCCUACAUAGAUCCCAAAGCAUAGGGUGUCUGGGAUUUCUCGACAGACUAGGCAUCAUGCUUGAUGUAGGGAUGGCAAUGAAUUAUCUGCACCAUGAGCACUAUGAGUUGAUCUUGCACUGUGACCUAAAGCCUAGCAAUGUAUUGUUUGACGAUGAGAUGACGGCACAUGUGGCGGACUUUGGGAUUGCAAGAUUGAUUCUAGAUGACAACUCCAUUAUAAGUGCGAGCAUGCCUGGAACGGUUGGGUACAUGGCACCAGAGUAUGGGUCGCUUGGAAAAGCAUCUCGCAAAAGUGAUGUGUUUAGUUAUGGAAUCAUGAUCUUUGAAGUCUUCACUGGAAGGAGACCCACUGAUCUUAUAUUCGGGGCAGAACUAACCCUUAGGCAAUGGGUUCAUCGGGCAUUUCCUGCAGAGCUAGUCCAGGUCAUUGAUGGCCAGCUACUACAAGGCUCUUCUAUUUCUAUUUGUGGCUUGGAAAAUGGCUUUCUUGCGUCAGUAUUUGAGCUAGGUUUGAUGUGUACCAGCGAAAUGCCUAACCAGAGGAUGACUAUGCACGAUGUGAUUGUGACGCUAAACAAAAUCAAAGCCGAGUACACCAACUUGACAACAACAAUGCCACAUAGUGCUAAAUAGUGACCCAUCACCCUUGCUUUCUUCCAUCUCAUCUAUGACUAUGCAAGGAUGUAUUUGUUUUUACGCAUUUAGAGUGGGUUGUACUAUAUACUUGGCAUGUCAAGCUAUUUAUCAUGCUUCUACUUUAUCCGAUUAAGAGUGGUGUUCUUGAUAGAGUUAGAUGUUAGUUAAAAAUAAAGAGCAUGAGACAACUCUAGUAAUCAUGUCUCAUAGGGAAACAUAUAUAACUGUGAAGGCAAAUAUAUGAAAUUUUGUGCAG